AUGGGUUCCAUUCAGCAGAGCAUUCGUAAGCCCAACCCGGUGCUGUCAGACAGUGUGUUUGAGAUGUUUCGGAUGAAUAACAAAGCGGUCAUCAUCACCGGCGGCACUGGUGGAAUCGGGUACCAGGUUGCUCGUGGCCUUGCAGAAGCUGGCGCGAAUAUUGCUUUGUGGUACAACGGCUCUUCAAAAGCUGAGAAACUCGCAACAUCACUCGAGAAGGACUUUGGAAUCAAAUCCAAAGCAUACAAGUGCUCCGUGCAAAAUUUUGAUGAGGUCCAAGCAGCAACCAAUGCUGUGCUGCACGAUUUCGGCCGACUGGAUGUUAUGAUUGCAAAUGCCGGUAUCCCAUCAAAGGCUGGUGGUCUAGAUGAUAAGCUAGAAGACUGGCAUAAAGUAGUGGAUGUCGAUUUCAGUGGCGCAUACUAUUGUGCUCGGGUUGCGGGCGAAAUUUUCCGCAAACAGGGCUCUGGAAACUUGAUCUUUACGGCUUCGAUGUCUGGUCACGCAGCAAAUGUACCCCAACAGCAGGCUUGCUAUAAUGCUUGCAAGGCAGGCGUCAUUCAUCUGGCAAAAUCACUGGCCGUUGAGUGGGCUGAUUUCGCCCGUGUCAACAGUGUCAGCCCCGGCUAUAUCGAUACUCCAAUUAGCGGAGACUGUCCAUUUGAGAUGAAAGAGGAGUGGUAUUCUCUAACUCCUUUGAGACGCGAUGCCGAUCCUCGUGAGCUGAAGGCUAUAUAUCUCUACCUCGCGAGUGAUGCCAGCACUUACACAACAGGAGCAGACAUUGUCGUGGAUGGUGGAUAUACUUGCCGGUGA